CCCGGUGAGAAAGUGGCCUUGGUUUUUCCCACGGAUGCAGCAGCGUCGUCUCUGCCAACCCGGGACUUGGGAGCCUUCAGAAAGGACUUGGCAGUGGAGGAAGAAGAUCCUUCACCCUUCUUGGAUCGGGGACAGAUGGGAAAGCAAGAAUCAUCUGGGUCUGAAGCAGACAAAGGCCCUGAGGCCACCCAGGCUGGGGGCAGAGGGGAAUUCAGGGAAACAAUGGCACAGAAGGCCCUGGAUGGGAGCACCACUAGCGGGGAUGUACAGCGCCAGCACUUCAGGCAGUUCCGCUACCAGGAGGCCAAGGGGCCCCGAGAGGUUUGCAGCCGACUCCAUGAUCUUUGCCGUCAGUGGCUGAAGCCAGAACAGCACUCGAAAAAUCAGAUCCUGGACCUGGUGCUCCUGGAGCAGUUCCUUGCCGUCCUGCCCCCAGAGAUGGAGAGCUGGGUCAGGGAAUGCGGGCCGGAGAGCAGUUCCCAGGCGGUGGCCCUGGCAGAAGGCUUCCUCCUGAGCCAGGCAGAGGAGGAGAAGCAAGGAGGACAGUUUCAGAGAACCUCCAAAGGGACUGCUGAUUUCCCUGAUGCAGAGAAGGUACCAUCCAAUCCAGGGCAGAAGUCAUUCUUCUGUGGGACAAUGUGGGAGACUGACAGAUGUGCCAACUUGACAGGCAAUGGGAGGACGCUGAUGGGUGGACCUUCAAGCCAAUGUGGGGGACGGGAAGCAUCUCCUGAGCAACCAGACCAGGGGCUGGUGACUCUCGAGGAGGUGUCUGUCUGUUUCACCCAGGAGGAGUGGGCUUUGCUGGAUCCUGGCCAAAGGGCUCUGCACUGGGAAGUCAAGGAGGAGAAUUACAGGAAUCUGAUCACUCUCGGGCAAGAAUGCCACAGAAGGGGAGAAGAGUGGAGAGGAGGAACUGAAUCAAAAUCAAACUGGAGCAAGGAAUCCAUUGCUUCUGAAGGCGUGGAUUUCCAGGAAAAUUCAGUCCAAGAAGAAAUUAAUACAGGAAACAAAAGAAAUAACUUAACUCAAUGUGCAAAACUCUUAGCUGGGAAAUCAAACCUUACGUCACAUCAGAGAAUGCAAAAUAAAGAAAAGCCAUUAGAAGAAUCAGAGUGUAUGAUAAAUGCCAUGAGUAUAAAAACCCUUCUCUUAGAGGAAACACUGCAUACAGAGGAGAAACCACACACGUAUCCACAUUGUGGAAAGAGCUUCAGAAGGAAGGGCAGCCUUAUUCAACAUCAAAAGCUCCACCACAGAAGAGGAAAACCGUAUCAUUGCUCAGAGUGUGGGAAGAAUUUCAGGUGGGGCGCAGAGCUUACUUCCCAUCAAAGAAUCCACACAGGGGAGAAACCAUAUAAAUGCUCUGUGUGUGGAAAGAGCUUUGGUGGCAAGCAGACCCUUGCUUCCCAUUACAGAAUCCACACAGGGGAGAAACCAUAUACGUGCUCAGUGUGUGGAGAGAACUUCAGGUGGCAUGCAAAAUUUGCAAACCACCGAAGAAUCCACACAGGGGAAAAACCAUAUAAAUGCUCUAUGUGUGAAAAGAGCUUUGGUCGCAAGCAGAACCUUGCUUCCCAUUACAGAAUCCACACAGGGGAGAAACCAUAUACGUGCUCAGUGUGUGGAGAGAACUUCAGGUGGGGUGGAAAACUUGCAGCCCACCAAAGAAUCCACACAGGGGAUAAACCAUACAAAUGUUUAGAUUGUGGAAAGAACUUCAGUAUGAGGUCAAACUUUAUUUCUCAUCAAAGAAUCCAUACCAGGGAGAAACCAUAUCAGUGCUCAGAGUGCGGAAAGAGCUUUGGAAGGAAGGAUCAUCUGAGACGACAUCAAAUGAUCCACACAGGGGAGAAACCAUAUACAUGCACAGACUGUGGAAAGAGCUUCAGGCAGAGUACAGCCCUUAGUUCCCAUCAAAGAAUCCACUCAGGGGAGAAACCAGAACAUACGACUUCUAAGGGAAGCAAAAAACAUGUUUCAAAGAAAAAUGCGAACACCCAAGAGAAACCGCACACCUGCUCACAAUGUGGAAAGUGCUUCAGGUGGAAUGCAGAACUUAUUUCCCAUCAAAGAAUCCACACAGGGGAAAAACCAUAUAUAUGCUCUAUGUGUGGAAAGAGCUUUGGUGGCAAGCAGACCCUUGCUUCCCAUUACAGAAUCCACACAGGGGAGAAACCAUAUACGUGCUCAGUGUGUGGAGAGAACUUCAGGUGGCGUGCAAAACUUGCAGUCCACCGAAGAAUCCACACAGGGGAAAAACCAUAUAAAUGCUCUAUGUGUGGAAAGAGCUUUGGUCGCAAGGGGACCCUUGCUUCCCAUUACAGAAUCCACACAGGAGAGAAACCGUAUACGUGCUCAGUGUGUGGAGAGAACUUCAGGUGGAGUGGAAAAUUUGCAGCCCACCAAAGAAUCCACACAGGGGAUAAACCAUACAAAUGUUUAGAUUGUGGAAAGAACUUCAGUAUGAGGUCAAACUUUAUUUCUCAUCAAAGAAUCCAUACCGGGGAGAAACCGUAUCAAUGCUCAGAGUGCGGAAAGAGCUUUAGAAGGACGGAUAAUCUGAGACAACAUCAAAUGAUCCACACAGGGGAGAAACCAUAUACAUGCACAGACUGUGGAAAGAGCUUCAGGCAGAGUGCAGCCCUUAGUUCCCAUCAAAGAAUCCACACAGGGGAGAAACCAUAUCUAUGCUCAGAGUGUGGAAAGAGCUUCAGAAGGAAAAAUAUCCUUAUACAACAUCAAAGAAUGCACACAAGGGAGAAACCAUAUAUAUGCUUAGAGAAGGAAGGAACUUCACCAAGAGUGGAAAACUUGAUUCCCGUCAAAGAACCAACAGAAGGGAAAAACCCAGUACAAAUCAUGUUUUCCUUCACAAAGUCCACACAGGAGAGAAACCAUAUCAGUGCUCAGAGUGUGGAAAACCUUUCUGGUGAAGCGGAACACUUACAGCCCAUUGAAGAAUUUACACAGGGAACAAACCUUACUUCCCCUCUGUGUGUGGAAACCUUAUUUCCCAUCUGAGAACUCAUGAGGAAUUUUCUUCCAUCAGGGUACACACUCUGCACUCCAUUCAAAUUCCUGCUUGCUGAUAUAAUCACAGAAAGCUUAAGAGACUUCAGUUCAGUCACACAACUGUAUGUCGGGGCUGGCCCAGGACUGUACAGUUUUAUUUGGCUGCCUUGGGCCUCUCUCAAAUAGUGACUGGCUCAACAAAUAAACAAGGUGCCAACUUGAAAUUAAUCUUUUGUACUGAAACUUUGAGGGAAAUAUUUCUUUCUGGACUGGAGAUUCAGCCUGAACCAUGGUCUGACCAUUAUAUACUGAAAACAAAGAUGAAUAUGACCUCCCUACCUGCAAAAGGAGAGGCUGUUAACAAGGUCCACCCAUGGAGGCUUAUGGGUCCUUUAGGAUUCCAGAAUGCUCUGGGGGUUUUUAGAAUUUGUAACAGAUUCUCUGUUAAGGCAGUGGUGGGAGUGCAUAGGUGUAAACUACGGGGGGGCUGAGGGGCUCGAGCCCCCCCCGGAUUUGGCAAGGGGGGGCUGAGCCUCCCCCGGGCAGCCAGUGAACUACAUGGGGGCUAAGGUGCUCAAGCCCCCUCAGAUCUCACAUGAGGGUCUCAGUUACAAUAGCCAAUGAAGCACAGGAUUGUCCCCCCCUUCCUGUUAUAUCAUAUUAUAAUUUCUAUGAUUCUUUGGCUCUUUGUUCUUGUUUUUUGCUUGUAUGUAUUAGUGUGUUUAUUAAGAAUUUAUCAUUUUUAAAGGUAUUGCGGUUCGCAGGGCUUUUUUUCUGGGAAAAGAGGUGGUGGAACUCAGUGGUGGAACUCAGGACCACACAAUGACGUCACUUUGGGUCAGCUGGAACAAGGGGGGAGUUUUUUAAAGUUUAAAUUGCCCUCGGCGAAAAUGGUCACAUGGCCGGUGGCCCCACCCCCUGCUUUCCAGACAGAGGGGAAUUUAGAUUGCCCUCCAUGCAGACUCCCCUCUGUCUGGAGAUCAGGGGGCGGGGCCACUGGCCAUGUGACCAUUUUCGCCGAGGGUCGAAAGAACUCAAGAGGUGCCAGAACUCCGUUCCACCGCGUUCCUGCUGAAAAAAAGCCCUGGCAGUUUGUAUAAACAAUUUACAAAUAAAUGUUACAGAAGAAUUAAGAGACUCUGAUAGAAGAUAUUUGAUUUUGAAAAUCAGGCUCCUGGAAGGCAAGAUUUACACACUAGCAACAAUAUAUGCAUCAAAAAAUGCAAGAGAAAGUUUUCAUGAAAAUGUUUUCCACUCCAUUUUCAGUUUUCAAGAAGAUAAUGAUCUUUGGAGACAUGAAUGGGGUAAUGGAUCUCAGAAAAAGAUAGGUGAAAAAACAAACCAAAGAAGGCAACCUUCCCCAAAAUGUGCUCUCUCCCCUCCUAUCAAGAAACUAUUUUUGAAGUAAUAUCUUAAAUAGUAUAUGAUGGCUUCAGUGGGUUAAAUGUCUAAAAGAUUUUUGAUCCUACAAAGGGAACACAAAGCUUACAAACUAUCAUCCAAGCUUGUCUCUUUUACAUUGUGGGCGACUGAAGCGGUUUAUAUAAAUAAAAGAAAGGACCAGAGAGCCUGUGAGAUUUUGACAGCCAUAAAUCCAGACAGCAUUUACCUCAGAAGUCUCUCCCCUCUCUUCACUUCCCCCCACCUUCUCCAAAAUGUGUUUAAUUGUAUGGAAAUGUUACAAUUGGAAGAUGCUUGUAGGAUCAAAAAUCUGAAUAUUGGAGACUAUACUUUCUUUUCUGACAGACACCAAACACAUUCAAGGAUUGAUAUGUGCUGGAUAUAAAAAACAUGAGUUAUUUAUAGUUUGUUAUAUUAUGUUUACUCUUUUUCUUUUGAUAUAAUUAUA